AUGGGACUUGCUCUUUAUGAGGAUUGGGAAUUGGAAAACAUAAAAAUGCAGAUGAUAAUUGACUGGCAGAAGAAAGUUAUUGAACAAAAGGAUGAGGAAAUAGCUCCACUUAAAGAUAAGUUGAUCACUUAUCCAGGAUACAUUCCUAUUGAGAAUGGAGCUUUUACUGUAGUUUCUGCAGAGUAUGAACCUCUUUCAGCUGGGGAGAAUGCAGAGCUAAGAAAAAAGGAGCAAGAACUCAAACGAAGAGAAGAAAUUGUGGCUCGUAGUGGUGUUGUGAUCCAAGAGGAAAACUGGCCUCCCUUUUUCCCAAUUAUUCAUAAUGAUAUUGCAAGAGAAAUACCUCCUCAUGCGCAACGGUUGAUGUAUGUUACAUUUGAGAGCUGGUUAGGCAUGGUACUCUAUCUUACAUGGAAUUGA